AUGGAGGAGUCUGGCCGAAUCAAUGUCACCAUGACCGCCGGAGAAUACGAGCUCUUCAAGGAGGCCAAGAGGCGAGCGGCCUCCGAGAAACAAGCAACCGUCUCGCGACCACGCCAAGCUCCUGCUGAAGCUUCCAAGGAGCCCAUCCCUGUUUCAGAUCGGGGCUCUAAGAGAAAACAGCCCGAGGGGUUUCCUCAGGUUCCUUAUCGUGAGCCUGACUUGGGGUAUUAUCAGCCAGGACCCCAUGGCCCCAGUCUUAAGAAAGAACAACCUCAAGCCUCUAUGGCUGAGUUCCCUACCAGAGACUCGAGGAAAGGGAAGGCUCUCAUCAUACCGGAAGUAUUCCCGGAAGAUCCGGAUGAGAGAGUACCUUUCUCGGUCAGGAUUUUGAAUGAAAAAUUGCCUAAGGGAUACAAGGCCCCGUCAAUCGGAGAAUAUGACGGGAGCAAUGACCCGGAGAAUCAUUUACGCAAAUUUAAGAAUGCAGCUCUGUUGCACCAAUAUAGUGAUGCUGUCAAGUGUCGAGUUUUCUUGAAUACUCUAGCUGGUUCGGCACUAAAGUGGUUUGAUGGGCUACCACAAGGAUCCAUCACCUGUUUCUUGGAUUUCAAGACGACCUUCCUUCGUUAUUUUGCCAGCAGCAAAAAAUAUCAGAAGACAGAUCAUUGCCUUUUUGCUCUUAAGCAAGGGUCUACCGAGCCUUUAAGAAGUUAUAUCAACCGUUUCAACCAAGUGGCCCAGGACGUCCCCACCGCCACUUCGGAGAUUCUGAUGAGCGCUUUCUCCCACGGAUUAGGAGAAGGAGAAUUCUUUAGAGAUCUCAUCAAAAAUCUCUCUCGGAACUUUGAUGAGAUGGUGGAAAAAGUCGCUUGCUAUAUUAAAGUAGAAGAAGCACAGGCGGCCCGGAGGAAAGCCGAGAGACCGCCUCCGUCUGUCAAUAAGCAGGAAAGAAGGGUACCUCAACCACCCCCUCAACCUCUUCCACGAGCUAGAGAAGCCAGGCCUACCUUCCAGCCCGGUCCGGAGUUCGCUAGGGAUUCUAAGCGGGCUGCCGAGUUAGGCUUACCCCCGCCCGAGCUAGCCCCUCAAGUGCUCAAGAUGAUAGAAGAGCAGCGAGUCGCGGCUGGAAAGGCCGGGCAACCCCGCCCUGACCUAGCGGGACCCAGGCCAACCGAUGGAGAUUCGGGGAGAGCGUGCAAGUCCCAUGUGCGUCGCUUGGAGGUCCACACUGUGGGAUGCAGCCAAGAGCAAGCUAUUGGCCAUGUCAUUAGCUUUGGGCCGGCAGACCUGGAAGGUCUGGAGCUGCCUCAUGAUGAUGCCCUUAUCAUCAAGGUCAUUAUCGCCAACAGCCGAGUGGCUCGGGUUUUCGUUAACACCGGGAGCUCGGUUAAUAUUCUGUUCAGAACUGCAUUCGAGGAGAUGCAGAUCGAUGCCACUGAACUCCAGCCUGUGGCUACGUCUCUAUAUGGAUUUACAGGCAAUGAGGUGAAGCCAAUGGGUCAGAUUAAGCUGGCCAUAUCUCUGGGCACCGAGCCAUUAGUGCGCACUAGGAGGAGCACUUUUAUAGUGGUGGAUUCCUCGUCCUCUUAUAACAUCAUUUUGGGAAGACCCGCCCUGCAUGAAUUUAGGGUCGCUGUUUCUACCUUCCAUCAAAAAAUCAAAUUUUCCGUUGGCGAGCAAGUCAGGGAAGUUAAGGGAGAGCAAAAGGUCUCUCACCGAUGCUAUAUUGAUAUGGUCCGGGUGGAGGCUCGUAAGAAUCAAAGAAUGCAAGAUGGUAGCAUCCAUGCUGUCCAAGAAGAGCCUUUGCCUAUGGCUGAAGAACUCAUCCCCUGGGAGGAUGUGCAAUUAUACGCUGAACGCCCUGAAAGUUUAACUCGCUUGGCAAGCGACCUGCUCCUCCUCUCAAGGAAGAAUUAG